CCUCACGAGUCACAGCUCACUCUGGCCCCGAGGAUGAAAGGAUUGACACCGGGGCUGGGCCAAGACCAGCAUACCUGAGGCAUGGCUCCAGCGCUCUGAUUAUUGGGCCCAGCCAUGCUGCCGCAGGAGAGUGACCCUGGCUCACCAUCGCCCCCCACCCUCAGUGGUAGGACUGCACACUGCCAGCAAGGCAUAACUACUUCAGGCCUCCAGGAUGGCAAUCCAUUUCCGUUCACUCUUUCCCUUGGCAUUGCCUGGAAUGUUGGCGCUCCUCGGCUGGUGGUGGUUUUUCUCUCGUAAAAAAGAGCAGGUCAGCAGCAAUGAUAAAAAGGUGGACGCUGGUAGUGUGGUGCUGAGGGCCAGCCCUGACAUCAAGAAAUCGCUCCCCAUACAAGAAGCCUGUCCUGGAAUUGUGUCCACACCCCGCAAUGUCACACAGCCACUAGAAAAGGAACAGUCCACUGCAAGCAAGCCUUCUGUGGAGCCCCUAGCCUCGCUGCGCACACACCCAACCUGUCGCAGAUCAGAGUCCUCAGGCUGCCUCCCUAACCCCACAGACACAAGAUCUCAACCAGGAACACACAAAGAUGACACUGCAAAGGUGGAACUCGCCCUGAUGGGUGACAAAACCAGAUCUGUUCCUCUUGAGUGUCCCCUCCCAUCUCCCAAGGAUGUGGUGUUCCCCCACGAAGCCAUAGAGGUGUGUAAGCAAGAGGUAGUGUUCAGUAAGGCACCAGGGAGGGGCUGGCCCAGCCAGUCUGUGUGUGCUGCAGAGAAGCAAAGCCCUGGGGAGAAGGCAAGAGAGACGCGUGGAGCCGAGGGGACCGGUGACGCAAUGUUGGGGGAAAACGUGCUUGAAGAAGGCUUGUUGUCCCAGGAGCGUGUCUCAGAAUUGGAGAAUAGCAAGGCCCUCAGCCUGGCCCCCUUGGGAGGCGGAGGAGAGAAGGGGAGCGGUGGCCCCUUCUCCCCUCUCAGAGAAGAGUCUGCAGUUGGAAAAUUGUUAAGUAGCUCUGGCAAGUUGGCUCACGCAGAGCUGGCAAAGGAUGAGGAGAUGCAGGCAUCUGAGGUCCAAGAUGACAGUACCUGGGACAGAGACAUGGCGGCAGAACUAGGCAAAAAGGAGAGCUUGGAUAAGAAUGAGAGGAUUGAGCAGGCUGCCUUCCAGAUAAUCUCCCAGGUGAUCUUGGAAGCAACCGAAGAGGUGCUGGCCAGCACGGGGGACAAGAUGGCAGAUCAGUUAUAUCAGGCCUCAGGCAGUCCGACCGUAGGGCAGGCGGAGAGCAGUGCCCCAGCCAGCCAGAAAACUGUCCUGGGGCAAGACACUGCACAGGCUGCUCCAGCCGUGGUGGGGGCAGCCUCUGGUCCAGUGGAUCCUGCCCUUCCCUUGCCAGGCCCACCAGCAGAGAACCUGCCUUCACCAAAGACCUAUGUGAGCUGCCUGAGCAGCCCACUGUCCAGCCCCACCAAGGACAGUAAGCCAAAGAACUCCGCACACCACAUCUCUCUGGCUCCCUGCCCACCUCCAGCGAGCCCCCUCAGAGAGUCAGUGGACGAGGCAAGCAUUCUGGCGGAAGAUGCCACCUGUGCUACCUGUGUGUCAGCCAGCCAGAGUGUUCCUUCCGCGGCCUCCUCCGGGCAGUGCUCGGAUUCCGUCAGCACUUCAGGGCUCGAAGACUCUUGCACAGAGACCAACUCAAGCCCCAGGGACAAGGCCAUCACCCCGCCGCUGCCGGACAGUACUGUGCCCUUCAGUAAUGGGGUGCUGAAAGGGGAGUUGUCAGACUUGGGGACUGAGGAUGGAUGGACCGCGGAUGCAGAAGCAGAUCACUCGGGAGGUUCCGACGGGAACAGCAUGGAUUCUGUGGAUAGCUGUUGUGGCCUCAAGAAGACCGACAGUUUCCAGAAUGCCCAGGCAGGCUCCAACCCUAAAAAGGUUGACCUCAUCAUCUGGGAGAUUGAAGUGCCAAAGCACUUAGUUGGUCGGCUAAUCGGCAAGCAGGGGCGGUAUGUGAGUUUCCUGAAGCAAACAUCUGGUGCCAAGAUCUACAUCUCAACCCUGCCUUACACCCAGAACAUCCAGAUCUGCCACAUAGAAGGCUCUCAGCAUCAUGUAGACAAAGCUCUGAACCUGAUUGGAAAGAAGUUCAAGGAACUGAACCUCACCAAUAUUUACGCUCCUCCGCUGCCUUCACUGGCACUGCCUUCUCUACCAAUGACGUCCUGGGUAAGCUUGCUCCUGGGUCAGUGGACUCUUGGCGCCCUUUCCCCCAAGUCUUCCUCAAAUGAGAGACUCCCCGGAUUAUGGGCCAAGAAGGCUGCAGGCACAUUACUGCCCAUGCCCUCUCAACUCUGGCUUCCACUGGUCAGUUCUGCCAGCUUGUACUCUCUGGGGAUGGGGCACAAUGCCAGCAAGAAGCCAGGGCCUCUCAGUCCCAUGUGGGAGGACUGCACUCCCCUGGCUCUGCCAUCUGGGUGUGUUUUGUGUUUUUCAGGUAUUUGCGGUCAGGUAUGUCCACACACUCUUCUUCCUGCUCUUGCAGUCACCGUUAUCUGUGCUGCCCCUGGUGCGGAUGGGGCCUGGUGGCGUGCCCAAGUGGUUGCCUCCUACGAGGAGACCAACGAGGUGGAGAUUCGAUAUGUGGACUAUGGUGGAUACAAGAGGGUGAAAGUAGAUGUGCUCCGGCAGAUCCGGUCUGACUUUGUGACCUUGCCAUUCCAAGGAGCAGAAGUCCUUCUGGAUAGUGUGAUGCCUCUGUCAGGUAAUGGGGGAGCCUCUGGCCAAGGGGCAGGUAGUGGCUGAGCAGGGGUCUUCUUAGAGCCUUGGUCUCACCUGGAGGGUUUAUACAGACAGUUGACACUGCCAUCGGAGUUCCUGGUUGAAUAGGUUGGGGCUGGGGCCUGAGAACUCGCAUUUCUGUCGAGUUCCCAGGUGAAGCUAGAGCUGCUGUGCCAUAGACUGUCUUUUGGGGUCCACUUUUCUGGAUGUAUGGUGCCAGCAUUAAGAGGCUUUCAGCAAAGGCAUCUUCCUGAGCACAGUCCAGAUUCGAGAGGGCAGGUGCUAGGUCAGCAGCACUGCUCAGCUGCUUCACAGGUGCUUAAGGGCACCCUGGGGACUUAGCUCACACUCAUGGCUGUCUGGUGUCUAAGGCUGUGAAAGUAUUGCCAAGGGGAAGAAGGCUGGCAUUAUUUAGUUUCCAUUCUCUUCUCUGGAAAAUGGGGGUGGCACCUAUCUUUCAAGGUGGCUGUGCAGAUUAUAAAAACCCAGGAACUGGUGUGUGGAAGGUAGGCAGAUAGCAGCUAAUAUAGCUGUUAUACUUGUGUUUGCCCAUCACACUCUCUUCCGGGGUUGGCCCCUUUGGAUCUUGUUCUGGCUUGUCUACAGCAAUCUAAGUGCAACAGAAGCACUACGCUCUAGCUGGAGUCACAUCAGGCAAAACACUGGGCAAGGUCUUGGAGUUUUUCCUUUCUUGCUCUUGCCCAACCUUCCUCUCCAUUUCUGUCCAACUGAAUGAUCUGUCUAGACUCGCUGAAAUGCUCCCUCCUUCAUGAGACUUUCCCACACCUUCAGAAACACCUGCUCCCAUCCCUCCCACUCCCUGCCUUGGGCCUGUUCUUGUUGUUUUUUGAACCAACAGAGCAGAACUGCCUCGGUGCCACCUCCACAAGAGAGCGGCUGCCUGGAUUUGAAUUCCAGCUGCACACUCUGGGAGCUGGAUGGCCUCUGGUGAUUAGCCUGUGCCUCAGUGUUCUCACCUGUAAAACGGGCAUAAAACCUGUCUUAGGGUAUUGCUGAUUUGGUGGAAGAGCUAGCACUAUUGGUCCCCAGAUUUGUGGGGAUGGUAUUUCCACUGAAGGGAGAAGUUUCCUCCUUUAUCCUCUGUCAUUCUGAGGGUGACGUGCAUCUGGCAUCCUGGAGUCCUGUGGAGGUCUAGUCUCUACCUGACGGGUGGUUCCCGAGAGCAGUCUCAAGUCCCUGCAGCGUCUGAAGCUUCC